GUUUAAACGUGUAGUCCUGGCUCCAAAAUAUCGACAUUGGUUCUUUCCUAGGAUGAAAGUGCUGGAAUCGUCAAAUAAGGAUAAUCAAACGCAAAAGACGAAGACGUUCCAGCACUACUUGCCUGAGGGUGACCGAUGCUAUAGUUGUGUACAUUGUCGUGCAAAUCUAGCCAGCCAUAAUGAUCUUAUUUCUAAGUCAUUUCAAGGAAGUCAAGGCAAAGCUUAUCUCUUCAAUUCAGUUGUAAAUAUCGGGACAGGACCGGCUGAGGAGCGAGUUUUACUAACAGGCCUUCAUGCUGUAGCCGAUAUCUAUUGCCAGUGUUGUAAGACGACACUUGGUUGGAAAUACGAACAUGCUUUUGAGUCGAGUCAAAAGUACAAGGAGGGGAAGUUUAUCAUCGAACUAGCACAUAUGGUGAAGGACAAUCAAUGGGAAGAUGAGCGCACUCUGGCUGUUGCGAAGAUUCAGAAAAUCGAAAGAUAA